UUUCUAGCAACGGCGUGCGUUUCAAUUUUGUUCAUCCCAGAGCGCCAAAACAGUUGCCAGAACUGAAGAAAAAGGAUAAAAAUCAGAGAAGAGUUGAUAGUAGAGAGAGUUGUAGAGUCGUGAUAAUCCGGUGGAUCUUUUUCAAGUUUUGAAUUUCAUUUCUCUGAUUCUGUUUCAAAGAUGGAGAUUGGAUCGGGUGCGAUCGGGUCUUGCUCGAAAGAGCAGCUUAAGAUCUUUCAGGAAUGGUUCGGUUUGGCCGACUCAGAUGGAGAUGGUCGUGUUACUGGAAAUGAUGCCAUACAGUUCUUCUCCAUGUCUCAUCUUUCUCGCCCUGAGCUCAAACAGGUUUGGGCUAUUGCAGACUCCAAACGACAAGGAUAUUUAGGGUUCAAUGAGUUCGUUACUGCUAUGCAGCUUAUUUCUUUAGCACAAGCAGGGUAUGACCUGAACUCAGACAUCCUCAAGAAAGCAGCCGGCAUGGAGGAAAUUAAACUUCCAGUGCUAGAAGGCUUGGACGCUUUAGUUGUUAAGACUAAGAGAUUAACAAUAUCUAGCCAACACGAAACAAAUGGAACUGUUCAACCUAUGCCACCGUCAUCAAAUCCAUGGUUUGCUUCAAAAUCUGGGAGCAAGAUAUCCCAUACUGCGGUUACAUCAAUAAUUGACGGUUUGAAGAAACUGUACAAUGAAAAGCUGAAGCCUCUGGAAGCUACUUAUCGGUUUAAUGAUUUUGUGUCCCCAUUCCUGACAAGCAGUGAUUUUGAUGCUAAGCCAAUGGUAAUGUUGCUGGGCCAAUAUUCAACUGGAAAGACAACAUUCAUCAAACACUUGUUAAAAUGUAAUUAUCCAGGAGCUCACAUAGGACCUGAGCCAACAACUGAUAGAUUUGUAGUAGUUAUGUCUGGACCAGAUGAGAGAAGUGUUCCCGGAAACACUAUUGCUGUUCAAGCAGACAUGCCAUUCUCUGGUUUGACAACCUUUGGUGGAGCGUUCUUGUCAAAGUUUGAAUGUUCUCAAAUGCCGCAUCCUCUCCUCGAUCAAAUUACAUUUGUGGAUACUCCUGGGGUUCUAUCUGGGGAAAAGCAACGCACACAGAGAAGCUAUGAUUUCACAGGGGUUAUAUCAUGGUUUGCAGCAAAAUGCGAUCUCAUCCUUCUUUUGUUUGAUCCCCAUAAACUGGAUAUCAGCGACGAGUUCAAGCGUGUGAUAGGAUCUCUUCGUGGUCAAGAUGAUAAGAUUCGAGUUGUUCUCAAUAAAGCAGAUCAAGUUGAUACUCAACAAUUAAUGAGAGUAUAUGGAGCAUUGAUGUGGUCUCUCGGUAAAGUGUUGAAUACUCCAGAAGUCGUUCGUGUUUAUAUUGGGUCAUUUAACGAUAAGCCUGUUAACGAAGCCUCUGUUGGCCCAAUUGGUCGCGAUCUUUUUGUGAAGGAACAAGAUGACCUCUUAGCAGACUUGAUUGAUAUUCCAAAGAAAGCAUGUGACCGUCGGAUUAACGAAUUUGUAAAACGCGCCAGAGCGGCUAAGAUUCAUGCCUAUAUAAUCAGCCACCUUAAAAAGGAGAUGCCUGCCAUGAUGGGCAAAGCUAAAACUCAACAACGGCUUAUUGAUAAUCUUGAAGAUGAAUUUGGAAAGGUUCAAAGGGAGUACCACCUACCGGCCGGGGACUUCCCAAAUGUGGAGCAUUUUAGGGAGGUAUUAAAUGGGUAUAGUAUUGAUAAAUUUGAGAAAUUGAAGCCUAAAAUGAUUCAAGCUGUGGAUGACAUGCUUGGCUAUGACAUCCCAGAGCUUCUGAAGAACUUCAAAAAUCCUUAUGAGUAAAAAAAAAUAUUAAAUAUCAAUCUCAAUCUCUCUAAUUGCAUUGCUACUUGCAAUGAAAGUUGAUGAUGCAAAGUUUUGUUAGAAUUCAAAAUUUUGGGAACUUUUUAUUAUCUUUUUAUUUCUAUCUUCCUUUCAAUUAAUGCUCAAAUGUAUGUGUAUCUCGUGGUUGAGCAUUUUGAUGUAAUCUUCAAGUUUUUGGGUUUAUUAUAGAAACUAAAAGAGAAUGGGGUUCUUCGUAGUUCAUUCCAUGGGUGAAAAUAGUUGCUUUUUCUAUUGA